UAUAUUAUAUUUGAAGUAUAUUUUUGGUUGAGAAACACUGUGUAGCACGUGUUGUCGAUUUGGUUAUGGCUCUGUAAAUACAUCAAGUUGGUAUAGACGUGUAUCUGUAACUAAAUUGAACCGGUUACUUUCAGAAUUUCGAAAAGAAAAAAGAUUUGUAAGCAACAAAGUAAAAGCUAAUUGAAUUCUAUAUUGAAUUUAAAUAAAAGGCAAUGUCCGAAAUGGCAAAUAAAGCUACUGAUUCAGAAAAUAGUUCUAAAAACAGUGGACUUGCAUGCGGGCCUGAAGCAGAUAGCACGCGUGAAAAAUAUCAUAGAGAUUUUAAAAAAGAUUGGCGAGCAAAUUCUAACUAUAAACGAAAUCGUGGUUCAUAUCACGCUGGAUAUCGAAAUGAUAAUUUUGGUCGAAAGCCAUUUAAGCGUAACUGGUCAAACUUUCAACAGGAUGGUGGAAGAAAGAAGCUGAAAGUUGGAAAUCGGUUAAGAGAAUCCGAUGUUAGUAUUACAGAAUAUAUUGGUGAUCAGGGAUUUUCUGGUGUAAUUAAAGAACGAUAUACAGAUUUUCAUGUCAAUGAAAUUGCUUUGGACGGAGAGAUAGCUAAGUUAACUAAUCAAGAUAUUCCACCACAACCAGAAGAUAAUGAAAAUCUGGAAGAUUUAAAAUCAUCUGUCCCAGAUACAAUAUGGGAUCAGUUACAGACUUUAAAAGAUGUAGAAACAUCAUCCAUAGAAAUUGAUGUAACAAAUGUGGAUAAAGAUCAACGUAGAGCAAUUCAUGCAAUUGCUAAAAAAGUGACAGAUGUUGUUAGUCAAACCAUAGAUAAAGAUAAUAAGAAAAUUAUGAUGAUUUUGCCUCGUAAAAAGGAUAAUAGAGAUUGUCAAAUAUUUCACAGAGACAAUCGUAAAGAUUGGAAAAACAGGGAUGGAGAAUAUUGUUAUUUUUUGUUGCACAAAGUAAAUAUGGAUACUAUGGAUGCUUUGAAUCAGUUAGCUAUGAACUUACGUAUGAAGCCAAAUAAUUUUAAUUAUGCUGGCAUGAAAGAUCGUAGGGCUUGGACUACUCAGUGGGUUAGUUUAAGAAAAGUGGAACCAUCAGAUAUAUUAAGAGCAGCAAAAUGUGUACGUGGAGCAUAUGUAGGGAAUUUUAAGUUUGUGAAAGAACCUUUGAAAUUGGGAAUGCUUAGUGGUAAUCAUUUUAGAAUUGCUUUGAGAAAUGUCAGUGGAACAGAUGAACAAAUUGAGCAAACAAUGACCUCUUUAAGAGACCAGGGAUUUAUUAAUUAUUAUGGUCUACAAAGAUUUGGUACUGUAGCUGCCAUUCCAACUUAUGAAAUAGGCAAAACUUUACUUCAGGGUAAAUGGAAUGAAGCAAUUGAAUUAAUUUUGAAACCAAGAGAAGGGGAACAAGAUAGAGAUUUAGUAGAGGCUAGAAGAAUAUAUGAAAUGACUAAAGAUGCAUAUGCUGCAUAUAAAAAGAUUAAAAGAUCCGAUAAAAUAGAAGCUGCUCUUUUAAAAGGAAUUUAUACAUCUGGAAAUAACAAUCCCCAAGGAGCUCUAGAUUCAGUACCAAGAAAUACUCGGUUAAUGUAUAUUCACGCGUAUCAAAGUUACGUCUGGAACCACAUGGUAUCGAGAAGAAUCAAAGAAUUUGGAACGAAACCUAUAGUAGGAGAUUUAGUAUAUGAAAAUAAUACACAGCAAAGAGACCAUGAUGAAGCUGUAUACGACAACGAACGCGUGAUUGAAGAUACUGCAGAGUCUAAUGAAAAUACGGAUAAAUUAGAAGAUGAAUCCUGUGCAAAUUCAGUAAAGGAGGACGAGGCAACCGAAGUAUCUACAGAAUCAACGUCUACCUCAAUUAAAGAAAUAACAAGUGCUACAGAAAGUUGUUUGAAAAUAGACGAAAAUACAGAGAAAAGUAAAACUACUACCGAGGAAAGUGAAUGCGAAGAUUUAUAUAAUCUCUCUCCAGUAAAAAUUCUUAAGGAAGAAGAUUUGCCUAACUAUACAUUGGCAGAUGUACUGAUGCCACAAGUUGGGUGGAAAGUUACGUAUCCACCUUAUGCUAAACCUUGGUUCGACGAGUUCUUAGCAAAAGACGGACUCACAACAGACCUUAGACAAAAGAAUAAAAAAUAUAGUUUGGGAGGUACUUACAGAAAGAUAUUACAAAUCCCAUCAAAUUUAUCAUGGAAAAUUAUGCAUUAUAAAGAAAAACAUAGUGAUCUUAUCAUGUGUGAUAUUGAUGAAAUGAGAAAGUCGACACCACCAAAAGAUGAACCAGAAGGACAGUAUAAAGCUUUAAUUAUCGAAAUGUCCUUAAAGUCUUCUACGUACGCGACAAUGGCACUGCGUGAAAUUUUAAAAUUCGAUACCUCUCCGCAAGCACAGGCAGCGCAGUACGCUGCAUGUAAUACAGAAGUGGAAAAUUCAAACGAUUCACCGGAUGCUACAGAGAAGGAAAAUUCUGCGGAAAUCGAUAAUACUAACAACGAUGAGAAAUGUUCGAAAAGCGAAGGGCAAGAUGCAAACUCUGUUGACGGAAUAAAAGAUGAUAAAACGGAAACACCCGAUGCUAUAUAAAACUGUGAUAUGUUGUUUUAUCAUUUAAGAAAUGAUAUUCUAACUUUUUCAUACGAGCAAACAAAUCGUAGAAAAUAUUUACAUAUAUAAUAUUAGGUGUACAAUAAAAUAAGAAUCAAGGUAUUAUUUAACGAACGUUACUUUUUUUUACAAAUAUAUGUCAGCUUUAUUUUAUUUAUACAUAUAGUGAGAAUAUGUUCGAAGAUUCAGAAUACGUCUUUUUUUAUUUUAAAUUCAAAAUCAGAGUAAAUAAUUCCGUUUCAGUUUUUAAAGUUACAAUUGAUUAUAUGUUUAACAUAGAAAAACAUUUUUAUAGUUCAUAUGUAUACCUGAUAAACAAAUAGAAAGAUUCUUUCACUCGAAUAAAUUACACAAAUCCAUAUAACCAAACCAAUAUUCUUUUUUUAAAUCCGCCCUAAAUUUACAAGCACAAAAUUGUGGUACGUCGUUCGCGAUUCCCUUCGAAAUCGAUCUUCUGCGGUAAUGUCGUACACAAGGUAAAUCGAAGCAUUGUUGCGCGUGGUCGAUGAAGGAGCGAUUUGUAAUGAUUCAGAGGAGACUUCAAUGGUGUUAAUAUCCUCUCAGGUGACAAACGAGGGAACGACGCUGUGGGACGUCCGGCGUCCCGAUGCCGUACGACAAAUUAUCUCACCUCCGGUUGAAUACUGUGAAAAAUCGUCAAUAUCGUGACAACGCAUUACUGUCGACGGACGAAAACGUAUCGUUCAAGUGAUGUAAUUAAACGUCAUUCUACUACAAACAACGCGUUUCAUUGCUACCUU